AGCUACUAGCUGUGCAGUGAUCUAUAAUGCAGGUUCCUGUAGCUGUGUCAUUUGAGCGCUACCGUCAGUCAUUUAGUUUCUGUUGUACGGAACAAGCUGCUGCCGUCUCAGCUCUCAAUACGGUAGUUCAUGUAGGAGUAUUAUUGACCAUGAACAAGAUGAAGAAGAAGCUGCCUGAGCAGAUCCUGCAUCACAUCCUGGAGAUUCUCUACCUGCUGACAGGAGAGCGUGUGACUAACUCACUUACAGCGAGUCACAUGACCGGGGACAAGAUGACAACAGAAAGGAUACUGACCCACACCCUACAGAUCAUGUACCUGCUGACAGGAGAGGUGCCUAUAAAGUGUGAUGAUGUUGCUGUGUAUUUCUCUAUGGAGGAGUGGGAGUAUAUAGAGAGACACAAGGAGCUUUACAAGGACGUCAUGAUGGAGACUCACCAAGCACUAAGGACUAUGGAGAUCCCAGGAAAUGAGAGCUCAGGUAUGAGAGACGAAAAUCAAGACACAAGAGCACAUGUAGACCUUGUACAGGAUAUUCACCCAGUGGAGACCCCAUCAGAUGUCUCUGCAGGUGAUGUUAAGACUGAAGUUACACCUAAUACUAAACAAACAAAUGCUCUGUAUGGAAAUAGACAACUGGAAGCUGUGAAGCAGGAAAUCAGUGACAAUAUCAUUACAGGUGAACUCACAAACUUCAAUAUUCCGAGUCAUGGUGAGAGGGCUGAUAUUUCUUUCAACCUUUUCAAAAACAAAAGAAGCCACGUAGGAAAUUUAUGUUCUGUAUGUGGGAAAUGUUUUAUUCAGAAAUCAGAUCUUACUAAACAUCAGAAGAUUCAUACAAGAGAGAAAGCAUUUCCUUGUUCUCAAUGUGGGAAAUGUUUUACGUUGAAAUCGUAUCUCAUUAUUCACCAGAAAAUCCAUACAGGGGAUAAAGGAUUUUCUUGUUCUGAAUGUGGGAAAUGUUUUACCCAUAAAUCAACUCUUAUUGCUCAUAAUAAAAUUCAUACAGGAGAAAAAGUAUUUUCGUGUUCUGACUGUGGGAAACACUUUACCCAUAGAUCAACUCUUAUUGGUCAUCAGCAAAUUCAUACAGGAGAGAAAGCAUUUUCCUGUUCUGAAUGCGGGAAAAGUUUUCCUAAGAAAUCAAAUCUUAAAAAGCAUUUGAAAAUUCAUACAGGAGAAAGACCAUUUUCAUGUUCGGAAUGUGGGAAACGUUUUACUCUGAAAGCAAAUCUUAUUACUCAUCUGAAAAUUCAUACAAAUCUGAAAAUUCAUACAGGAGAAAUGUCAUUUUCAUGUUCUGAGUGUGGGAAAUGUUUUACUGUGAAAUCAAAUCUUAAUAGACAUCUGAAAAUUCAUACAGGAGAGAAAGCUUUUUUGUGUUCGGUAUGUGGGAAAUGUUUUACUCGGAAAUCAGAUCUUAUUAAUCAUCAGAAAAUUCAUACAGGAGAAAAGGAAUUUUCGUGUUCUGAAUGUGGGAAAUGUUUUUCUCGGAAAUACACUCUUAUUACUCAUCAGAAAAUUCAUAUUAAAGGGAAUCAGGGAAAUCCUAUUGUAACCUUUUAAGUGUAGGGGCUACACAUAGUUAUCAUCUGUACAAUGUCUAGAGUGUUGAUGAUGACUACAUGUAGUGCUCAUUUGAAGCUAAUCGUGGUCCCACUACAGUUCAAGCAGUUAUGAGGUGACCUAGUGUGUUUGGUGUUGCUAGUGUAAGCUACAGAAAGGAGCUGGGGUGAGUAUUAACACCUCUCAGUCUCGGCUCCAUUAAGGUCUAGAAACCCUGUAGACUGACCAUUUUAAAGACCAUUGCAUACUUUUUUCAUCUUGGGCAUAUAAAGUUUUAACCAUAAUUUUAAAAUAUAAAAACACACAAUUUUGUAAUGAUGGGUUCUCUAGGAACUUAUAAUAAGCCAUCAAAGAGGCAUAAAGAACCCCAAGAUCACUUGUUUUAAUCCUUUAACGACCAAGGACAUGCAAGGUACGUCCUACAAAACCUGCUAGUUAAUGACCAAGGACGUAUCGUGAUCGCUUCCAGCUGCUUUCAGAGUAUUGCAGCAAUUGCCUCAAUAUUGAGGCAUAGUGCAAUACCCUUUUUAAGCACAUCGAUGAAGAGAGGGCCACUCUGAGGCCCUCUCUGCAUCGGCCAGCGAUGGAUCACUUCUCUGAUUGUGGAUCCUGUUCCGGUAGUGCGGCGAGGGCGUCGGGAGCGUUCAAGGGGGGCAGGAGCGUGGGCUACUUAGUACACUCAGUACAUAAGGGAAGA